AUGCAGUGCAGGGUCACCAUGGCAGACCUGCAGCAGCUCCAGGUGCAGAAGGCAGUAGACUCCGCGGUGAAGAGUCUGCAGAGAGAGAACAUCCAGAAGAUGCUCAUGUUCUGGUACAGCUGUUGUGAGGAUAGUCGGGAGGCCAUGCGGCAGGUGCACCAGUGCAUUGAGCACUGCCAUGCGCCUCUGGCUCAAACCCAGUUGAAGAAAUUCCAGGGCUGCCUGGCCCAGUGCACCAUGCACUGCAGUGACAAAGCCAAAGAUUCAAUAGAUGCAGGAAAUAGAGGGUUUCAGGUGAAGUGGCAGCUGGAGACUUGUGUGACCAAGUAUGUGGAUGACCACAUGCACCUCAUCCCAACCAUGACUGAGAAGAUCUCUUAUCCACUGGGAACUUGA